AUGCCCUUCCACGCCCACGCUGGUCAGCACCUCCUCCGGGAGACAGCAGCUAUGGGUCUGCCGGAGCUGCUUGUCCCGCCCUUUGAGUGGCCGCUCGUCAUCACAGCGUUGGACGUGCUCGAGAGUACGAAUUGCGCAUCAGUGCAGCCGCCCGCCGCCGACGUGAACGAUGUUGCCACCACUUUCGAGGACAUCCGCGGUGAUGUCAUGGAACCGGAGUGCGUUGCUGCGCCGUGGGAGGCGCAGCGCCACCACCGGGGUGCACUGUGCUGUCUGGUUCAGCAGCUCGCCGGUCCGCAAUUUCGGGUUCUGCCAUGGGACCUGGACGCUGUGCAGCAGUGCGUGGUCGCCUCCACUACCCCAUCGCGUGGGCCGCCCCUGUCGCUGUCAGCGCUGCGGCCUCGCCGUGUGUUCCUCGCGGAGAGCACCGACUUCGCCGGUCGCGGGUGCGUCGUGAAACUGCUCCCUGCGCCUGCCCCGCGGCGCAGCCAUGCACACUUGGGGGCGAUCUCGAGUGCGACUGACCUGCCAACCCCUGGCUGUCCCGCGCUCACUCAGCGAUGGUCCCCGUACUGCCCGGUAGAGGAGCCCGCAGUAGCAGGGGAGGUGGCUGCUCUUCUUCACCUUCGGACUGCUGCCUCACCUCGCGAUGGCCGUGAUGGGGUGCUCGGGCGACGAGUUCUCGAAGCACAUCCCAACGUCGUCACCUUACUUGGAGUAGUCACCGCCGAGGAGAGGGUGUGUCGCUGCAGGUACGCCGGCGGCAUCGAAACGCCGAUAGUCACGGCGGCGAUGAUGCAAGGAGCAGGUCCUGUCGCAGGUGGCGAUCCCGCUGCUGCUUCCCUCUGCCAAGUGCGCGCAGUACUGUUGGAGAACGUCUCCGGUGGUGCGUGGUGCGACUUCCUCGCCACCUACGGCAAGUUUGUGACGCCUGUAUGUGUCAUGCGCUGGUUCAGGGACGUGGUUACUGGCCUGGCGCACCUCCACAGCCGCUCUAUCGCCCACGGCAACCUCACGCCGGCCAACCUUCUGGUGCGGCUGACAGCUGCUGGGCCGCAAGGCGUCUGUGGGGGCCCGGGCGCCGCCGCUCAGGGGUACGACUGCGUGAAGGCGCUGCUGGAAGGGCUGGCACCCUCGGCGGACAUCGUCGAGAUCGCGGGCGCCAACGGCUCUGCUGUGGUGCGGAGCGAGCAGAUGAUCGUCUCAGCGCUGCUGGAGAGAACGCAGCUGGUUCUCAGCGGGUUCCGCUGCGCGGCGCGGCUGAGAAAUGACGACGGCGGCUGGGCUGCUGCAGAGACGGAAGACGAUGUGCUUUGGGGACGCAGUGCUGCGGACAAGGGUCAGCGCUCACUGCGGACAGAAUCUCGCCAACCCCGCGCAGAUGAGGUGGGCGUAUGUGCUGCUGCUGCGGAUCUGUGGAACGCGGCCUUUGCAUUCUACCUGCUGCUUGUCGGCGGCGCGACGGCGGUGGCUCGCGGGUGGGGUGCACUCGCGACGUCUGACACUGGUGUGGGCGGAGCUGCGACCCCGGAACAUCUGCGUGGUUUUGUUGCGAGCCGCCUACCACGGCUGGUGAGGAUGCGGUUCCCAGGAGCGUUGUCAAAGGGCCCGGUGCAGAGUGUGGACGGUAGGAGCGAGAACGCCUGCGAAGUGGCGCCGGGCUACGCGGGCCCGGAGAUGGUCGCACGCCUCGCAUCGCACACUGACGCAUCAGGUGCCACGCCGCCUCUCCACGCAGCCCAAAUGGGAUUGCAGCUGCGUCUGCUGUGGACGGCGCUUCCCCGCGAGUUUCUCGAGAUUCUGGACAAUAUCUUGCAGGGCGACAGGGAUGCCGCCAACCGGCAGACGGCGGCAGAAACUGUGCGCCUUGUAGACCAGAUAAUGGCUUCGCCGCCAGUGCUGCAGCGGUGCAUCGUAUGUGUCGUACCCCCGCCUGCACUACUGCUGGAGCAAUGGCUGGACUACCUGCGGGACUCAUGGAGUGACUCCUUCGUGUGCCACCCGAUGGCGCGCAUGCCUCUGGCGCGCGCACUGCAGGAUGCGGCUACUCGCAUGCUGUGUCUGCGCGUCACAAGUGGUGUAUGUAAUGCGACUCCGCGAUGGCUGCAACUGGCCAGCUGGCGAGCCCGUCUGCUCGAGCUCGAGGGCUUACUCAAGCAGCCAGCGGAGGUGCUGGAGGAGUGGGCGGCGGUGAGCAACAGUGCGCUCCUUCUGCAAAGCGCGCUGAGAUGGGUGUCUCAGUGCCGAGCCGGUACCCCCCAGCUGGAGCUGCCGCGCGCCGACGUCACCAUCCUCUUGGGCAACAGCGUGCUCCGUGCCCUGAAUGAGGUCGCAUUCGCCUAUGAAGAGCAACCCGACAGAAGUCGCGGCACCUCUCUCGGUUUCCACGACGCCUUUCGGUGCUUCGUUGCGCGCUGCGUCGCGGGCGGGCAGCCAUCGCCGCCACCACUCCUGGAGGAACUUAUCCUCCACGUCGUCAUGGCGGUCUGUUCCCACCUGCCACGCACCUUCGACGCGCGAGAGGACCGCCUUGCGUGCAAGUACGUGCGGGGUUGA